AUGAAGGAUGUGAAGGUGUGGGCGAGGAAUUUGAAGCGAGGUAGCAUGCGAUGGGCAAGGGAAUCCAAUGUGUUAACCCUGCAAUGGAUUGAUAACAGGCCUGUUUCCUUGAUUACAUCAAUUGAUUCCGCGAAUGAUAAAAAGGAUGUGGAGAGAAGAACGAAAACGAGAGGAGUGUUUGAAAAGGUGAAUGUAAGCCAGCCCUAUGCAUUUCAUAGAUAUAACCAGUACAUGAACGCAGUAGAUAG